AUGAGUACUACUAAUAGUGACAGUAAUGGACUCUGGGAUGUGUCUGUUGUGACAUUGAACUGUGCCAGGGACUUCCCAUUCCGAGAUCAACAGGAGAAAUUAGCAAUCCUAAAAGAGCUGAUAACAUUCAACAGCAACAAUGCGCAGGAUAUAUAUGCAUUUGGGUUCCAAGAGCUUGUCAGAAUAUGGGAAGGUGCCGGUAAGAUACGGAUGGAGGCCGCUCUGAUUGACAUCCUGAAGGAUAUCCUGGACAUUCUCGAUGAGCUGUUCCCACAGAACAAUUAUAAGAAACUGGGCUAUAGCUAUGUAGGUGCAACUGCGGUACUAGUUGUAGGGAAGGAGACGAUCGAGUGCCAUGACUCUGCCUCUACCACAUCAAACUGUGGGAAGUUUGGUUCUACAUUGAAAGGUGGUACUGCUUACAGUUUCAGAUUGAAGAAGAAUGAGAGUACAGUAUUGCAGACAUUCACAUUUAUUAGCUGCCAUUUGAAUGCCAACGAGGGUGAAGAUAAUAUGACCUCAAGAAUCAAUGACUAUGACAGGAUUAUGACACAAUGCAACCGUGAUUUCAGUGAUCUAGAAUUCAGAAAAGGGCAUAUAUUUGUCUUUGGUGAUUUAAACUUCAGGGUUAAUGACCCAAAUUUCAAAGCUCAUAUAGCUAGUGAAUGGGAACCCACUCUUCGCAAGCAUGAGGAGUUAAACCAUUUAAGAGCUAAGCAUGUCAUAUUCCGUGGGUUUGACGAACAGCCAGUAACAUUCCCCCCUACUUAUAAAUACAAAGUUGGCGACAUGAUCAGCUACAAUAACAAGAGAAUACCAUCAUGGUGUGACAGAAUACUAUACAAGAAAUACCCAUCGGGAUUACCAAUGGGCAAGGCUCGUUAUGAAUCUCUAGAAAGAGUACGCCACAUGCAAUUCACAGAUCAUCAAGCCGUGGGUCUGGCCAUACAAGUGCCUGAUCUUACAAAGGAUAAUAAGCAUGAGCUCGAACUGAUACGCCUCCUCGAGCCACUGAAUGAGACGCUAGGGUAUUUUGCGGACACUUUAUUGGCAUACGAGUGGCUACGCCGUAGUACUCCGGUAUACAUUUUAGCUGCACUCAUUUUAUUUUAUUUCUUCUAUAAUUUACUUUAA